GUUUUGCACAAGAAGCAUGACCACAAAUGUAGAAGACAGUCAGACAGUUGCUAAGAGAAUGGACAGUUUUUUUUUUAGCAGCUAUAUUUUUUUUUUGUGCGUAUUGCAUGCAAGUUUAAAAUUUCCACGCCUCAUGUUGUGUUGGUUUCAAUAAAACAACUUGGCACACAUAUUUGGCUUUGGCUUGAAUAAUCUAUUGAUGUUCAGCCUAAAAAUAUUGGGAUAUGAAUUUUGGUCCAUAUUGCCAAGUCUGAGAUGGUCUCCUCUCGUCGCUGGUUGGGUGGUCUCCAAAAGCAAUGCCAUUAACAGCUGUGGCUGUAGAAAACAUGAGCUUCCAGCAGCAUUAUCUACCUCUACAUGCGCUUUAAAAUAUUGUUAGUGCGACUCCACUGUUUUGAUUUAUGUUAUCUUAAAAAAGCAGCACCCACUGAAUCUUAUCAGAGACCUAUCCAUCCAUUUUCUGUACCGCUUAUCUUCACAAGGGUUGUGGACAUGCUGUCUUCGGGCAAGAGGCGGGGUACACCCUGGACUGGUCGCCAGCCAAUCACAGGGCACAUAUAGACAAACAACCAUUCACACUCACAUUCAUACCUAUGGACAAUUUGGAGUCACAAUCAGAGACAAUCCUACUGUAAAUUCUCUGCAUUGUAGUCUGAUUUUUUUCUAUAACUGUGCUUUUAUUUGGUUUUAAGGUACAGUGAAACAUGUUGUAAUGCAUAUUAUCUCAACAAAGUAAGAGUUUUGAAUUGACCUUUAAAUCGAGAGAGGGCUUUUUCUCUCACAAUAGUAGUAAAGGGGGCUAUAUUUGGGGUCUUUUAUACCUGCAAAAUGUUCCAAGGUCUGCUAAAAACAUAAUCCCAUUGUGAGCCAUUUGUGUGAUAAUUGCAUUCUAGUAGUCAAGGCCCCAGCAUCCAGACAAUUUGAGGGACCAUCACAGUAUCCCUACGACACCCAUUAAAUGUUUCAUUACAAGACAGAACGCAACACAUACAGCUUGUUAUUGUAGGAAGGUGCACCAUCACGGUUCGCUCCCCUGCAGUAUAACUGACAGAUGCCUUUGUGGUUUAUUUUUACUUAAUCACGUUUGUCCUUUUGUUUUUUUAAUACUCCACACUUCCUAUCAGCAAGGGAUCUACCCAAUAUAGGAAAGAGAUCCCAUCUUAGUUAUUCAAUCCCACUUCUUUAUUUACUCAGUUUUAAGAUGGAAGGAUAAAGCACUCACCUGAAGCCAUAACACAGGAUGAGGAUUGGAUGGCUUAGGAUCCGCUUCUCUGUUAUGUCUAUUGCUGCUGUUGAGCUCUUUUAUUUGAAAUCAGUGGAGAACCUGUUUGACCGACGCUUGUCCGUCUCUCUCCUGCUGUACAGUGGGUUUGAAUUUACAAUGAAAGUUGAUUUUGAUUAAAAAAGAAAAGCUAUAACGGAAGUGUUUUAUAACGGAAGUGUCUUGACCCCCCAAGUAUAGAAAUAAGUUAUUAAAAUGAAAAAUAAGUUAUUCAAAAGAAGGCAUCAUGCAUCUGAAUUGUCUUAUUUGUGUCUUAUCAUUAUGUUAAUGGUCACUGCAUGAUUGCUAUACUGUCGUCCCUUGUUUAUCGUGGUUAAUUGCUUCCAGGCCUGACCAAGAUAGGUGAUUUUUUUGCAAAGUAGCAUUAAAUAUUAAUAAAUCCAUACAUAGAUAUUAAAUAACACUCCUUUAGUCACCUUUAUCCUAGUAUUAAUAUAGUAGACACAUUAAUAAGACAUACUGUAACUCACUGUUAGCAUUGGGAAAGUUUCUUGUUGUACUAUAUCAACUGUAAUGUGAGUCCAUAGCAGUAAAAAAAUAAAAAGAUGGACGUCAGCCCAUCAGCCAUCCUCACUAUGGCGUUUGUCACUUGAUUGAUAUACAGGACAGCCAGUCUAACAUGAAUCUGCCAUAUAUACACAUACACCCCAACAAUACUACUAGCUUUGCUUGCAUCACAUUGUGCAUCGCUUGUGCACCAGGGUGUCCAGGGUGUAACCCGCCUCUCGUCCGAAGACAGCUGGGAUAAACGCCAGCAUACUCGCAAUCCUAAUGAGGAUAAGCGGUAUAGAAAAUUAAUGGAUGGAUGGAUGGUUAGCAUGUUGGCCACACAGUCAGGAGAUCUGGGUUUGAUUCUCCGCUUGGGCAUCUCUGUGUGGAGUUUUCUCUGGUUUCCUCUCACAUUCCAAAAACAUGCAUGUUAGUUUAAGUGACGUCUCCAAAUUGAGGGUGAAUGAUUGUUUGUCUUUAUGGGCCCUGUGAUUGACUGGUGUUACCCCACCUCUCGCCUGGAGUGAGCUGGGAUAGGCUACAGGUUCUGGAUGGAUAGAUGAAAAAUACACUACUGCUCCUUCCUGCUUUCAGACAGUAGCACACACUGUUGUUGUGACCACAUGAGCUCUAUCUUGUUGCUGCUGGAUAGACGUGCUGAAGAGCAGUUUGGAAUUAACUGCUUGUGUUGGAGUGCCAAUAUCGGAGAUUUAGAUGCAGGCCCAUAUAAUCCGAUUUGACUCUUUUUUUUUUUUGCCGAUAUCCCUGCGAUAUUUGAUAUCAAUAUCCGAUUGGGACACCCCAAAAAUGAACUGUGUAAUAAAACUAGAAUAAAGCAUAACUGAUCACCAUUUACUCACUUUGUCACUUAGUGGUAUUUUGCGUUUGUUAUGUAUUGCUUGGCUAACUAAGUAGUAAAUGUUGUGUGACAUCACACAUAAAUGGCUUGAAUUUUGACAGUUUUGUUUGACUUUUCAAGAAAGCUUUCCCAUGUCAAAUUCUUCCUCUGGUGUUGUUGCGAAUUCUCUUGAUUUUUGAGCUCAAACUUUUGAGGCAAAUUUUUCCUGAUACCAUAUUUUGGGUUAAAAUCCCAACUGUAUCUUCUCAGAGGCAUUCAAUUUGAAUCUUUUAUUUUUUUAACCGUGAACGUCCAUUUGAAGGCGUGUCAAAAUGUGACAGAAUGCAUUUGGUCAAAGUCAUACUUGAUACAAAACAACUGGCUACUGAAGAACUCCCAGUGCCAUGUUGACAGUAAGUGAUGCAGCUCCAAUGUACUACAGUGCAUUUAAGUGUCUGACAGCCUUUGCUGCCCGUUGACCCAAAGGAAGCCACAGGCUGUCAGAACCACUUAUCCGGUUUGUUUCAAUCGAGCCGGCCCAGAAGGUGAAGAAAGCCUCCCAGUGAAAGUCUCAGAUAAACUUUCACUUUUCUGGGAAGACUUUCCACCAGUUUAUGGAGUGUGAGGAGGAUUUGUUCAAAGGUCACUGAGAUAAGAGAAGACUCUGCUAUUCUGUUGCCAUGGUGACAGCGGCCCCUCCCUUCCUCUUCCUCCUGCUGUGCUGGCUCCUCCAAACGGCCUGCUCCGCAUUCCCCGAGGAAGCCGGCCCGCUAAACUUCAUCCCCACAGACGUGUCAAGGCGCUAUCCGGUGUUUCUGGGCCGACCUCACCAUACAUGGCUGAGACAGGAGCCUCUCCAUAUCCAGAGGAUUCUUCAAGUCAACCGAACAUUGUACAUCGGAGCCAGGGAUGACCUUUACCGUGUGGAGCUUGACAUCAUGGCCGGAGAUGAGAUGUUCUACAGCAAGAAGCGAACAUGGGAGUCAAACAAGAACGACAUCAGGAUCUGCAGGAUGAAGGGCAAGCAUGAGGAUGAAUGCCGGAAUUUCAUGAAGGUGCUUCUCAGCAGGCAUGGCGGCCUGUUUGUGUGCGGCACCAACGCCUUCAACCCACUCUGCGCCAACUACACUGGCGACACUCUAGAGAUGGCUGGAGAUCAAGUCAGUGGCAUGGCCAGAUGCCCUUACGACCCCAAACAUGCCAACGUAGCUCUCUUUGCUGAGGGCAACCUGUUCACAGCCACAGUGACAGACUUUCUGGCCAUUGACGCCGUCAUCUACCGCAGCCUUGGGGACAGUCCAGCUCUUCGCACCAUCAAGCAUGACUCCAAGUGGUUCCGAGAGCCGUAUUUUGUCAGCGCUGUGGAGUGGGGGCCUCACAUCUACUUCUUCUUCAGAGAGAUAGCCAUGGAGUUUAACUACCUGGAGAAGGUGGUGGUGUCUCGUGUGGCACGGGUCUGCAAACGGGACCAAGGGGGAUCCCAGCGAGUCCUGGAGAAGCAGUGGACUUCCUUCCUAAAGGCACGGCUCAACUGCUCAGUCCCGGGAGAUUCACACUUCUAUUUCAAUCUGCUGCACUCUACCAGUCCCAUUAUCAACAUGCACGGACGGGACAUCAUCCUGGGGGUGUUCUCAACGCCGGCUAACAGCAUCCCGGGCUCGGCGGUGUGCGCCUUUGACAUGGAGCAGUUGGCGUCCGUGUUUGACGGCAGGUUCAAAGAGCAGAAAUCACCAGAGUCCAUUUGGACGCCUGUCCCCGAUGAGUUCAUCCCCAAGCCCAGACCCGGAGGUUGCGCCAUUCAGGGUUCCAGGUUCAAUUCUUCUAAUUCUUUCCCUGAUGAGAUGCUGAACUUUGUCAAGACUCAUCCCCUGAUGGAUGAGGCCGUUCCGUCACUCGGGCAAAGACCAUGGAUCGUCAAGACCAUGAUCAGAGGUGCAACACUGGAUGUAGGUUUAAAAACAAGGUACCAGCUAAAUAAGAUUGUGGUGGAUUCAGAGGCCGGGCCGCAUAAGAACCGCACCGUCCUCUUCCUGGGCUCCAGCAGGGGGACCAUCCUCAAGUUCCUCAUCAUGCCCAACCAGGACAACACAGUCAGCAGCAGCAACACCUUUUUGGAGGAACUGGAGGGCUUCAACCCGGAAAAGUGUGCUGGAGACUUUCCCCAGGCCAGGCAGCUUUUGUCUUUGACUCUGGACCGGGCCAGCCACACUCUCAUCCUCGCAUUCCCCUCCUGCGUGGUCCGAAUCCCAGUGGCCAGAUGUCACCUCUACUCGCGCUGCAUGAAGAACUGCAUUGCCUCCAGGGACCCGUACUGUGGCUGGACCAGAGGAAGCACCUGUUCUUUCCUGCGACCAGGAACCAGGCUGCCGUUUGAGCAAGAUGUGGAGCAGGGAAACGUGGCUCACUUGGGCGACUGCGAUGGAUUGCUUCAAGAGACGUUCAUCAAGGAGCCAGACGGCCUGGUGUCGGUCAACCUCUUGGUGGUGUCUGCUGUGUCAGCCUUCGCGACAGGCGCCCUCUUCUCUGGCCUCACCGUCUGUUGGAUCAUGAGUCACCGGCACCGCCACAGUCGAGGAGCCGGCACCAAGGGAGCCCGCCGCAAAAGCGACAAGGAGCAAAGCAUGCUGGGCCAAGGCCGCAGCGGCUCGGUCAUGAGUGUGACGAGAACCAGCGGUGGUGAGCGUCGCAACUCGCAGGUGGACAACCCGUUCGUCACGGUCAAUGGGUGGCCCAAAGGAGACAUGGACCCCGGCUUGCUGCCCACCCCUGAGCAGACUCCGCUCCAGCAAAAGCGGCUUAUGCGUCUGCCUGACACCGACUGGGACCAAAGCCAGACCUUCCUCACAGCAGUGGGGACACCCUGCCCCAAUAACUCCGUCAUUUAUCUGAGCUCCAAGUUCCUACAGGGCGGCGGUGGGGGCGGGAUGGUCCGAAUAGAUGAGCCAGGUGAGGUUCUGCUGCCCCCGCACGCAGAGCGCCAGCGUUACCUGAUCCUUUCCACCCAGCGGGGAGAGCACGGCGGCAGCCGUCCCGCAGGCGCCCUGAGGAACUCAGCGGGAGACUACAUCUACCCUGCCACACCGCAGGACUCCCCCGACCGGCGGCGGGUGGUCUCUGCGCCUACGCCCCACAUGGACUAUGGGGAGCCUCGCUGGAGCCACGAGGCACUCAACAACUACAACGGCACCAAUGGUGUGUCGUACCACCCCCAGCGUCAGGGCCUCAUCAGGCCCGAAAUGCAUCCGCCUCGGGGGCUCGGACAGCUGGCCGACUUCAGCCAUCUUCUGGUAAAGAACAUGGGAGAGAGAACCCCUAGUGGCCAGUGAGGUGAAGUCCUCUCCAACAGUGAACUGGAAUAAACCAAUGCAUCCAUUUAGACAGUCCUGCUUACCCCGAAUGUCCUCUCUCACCGUCAUUCAAUGUCCUGACGUCAUUCAGAGAGAGACGAGAAGCAAGGGAGAGCUCAGAAAAAAAUAAUGUGCCCACUGUCCUGUUUGGUGCACCCCCCUGGCUUUAGUGGUGCGAUCCACAGAGCAGAGUACAGACAACAAAGGUGAAGACAAUGACAGCGGGAGACAAUAAAGACAAUUUGACUUGGCCGAUGUGAGGCUCCCUUCACCACAUUGACUUUGGACAUCUUGGAUUUACUUCAAGUGGACUGUUUACUUUCUGAUUUUUGUGCUUUCCUUGCCCCCUUGACCCCACUUGUUGACUUUAACUAUUGUAGCUGUGCCAGAGAGCAGUGCAUCAUGGGGUAAAUGUGUGUGCAUGUGUGUGUGUGUGUCUGUGUGUAUGAAUGGCCUUAACAACCCUAACAAGUGUCCUGUCUUAACUGUGAAGUGACCCGAUAUCAUGAAGUCUCUUUAAAAGGAAGACUGUAGGGAUGGGCGUUAGACCACAUCUCAACAUUGAGGAAAAUUCAUAAUCUCAAUAUGUUUCAUGGGAUUAGCCAACUUCUGAAAUCCCGUUUUCAUGCAGUGCACUGCGGAAAUUACUACUGAGGUCCCAUCUUUAGACUGAAUUAACGACAUCUGUGCUGGUUGCAGCCAAGUAGCACGCUCUGUUUGGACAAAGGCUACAAGGUGCAAUCAGCACAGAGCCUAGCCCAUCCCUGGGAGAAAGUCCGCACGUUAGCAACAUCAGAGCCAUAACAGUAGUGCAUUUCAGACAGCAAAGCUGGGCACUGCUGUACCUAUGUGUGGAAAAGUGACAAAGAAUCCAGGUACCAGAUAAUUAGAUGCGUAACGUGCAUGUAUUGAAAGCACUUGAAAGCAAUUGAUUUCAAUACAACAGCGCAGGAGAAGUUAGUCACGUAUACGCUCCCUUUUCACACAGGUGCUGUGCUGCUUCUGUUAUGGCUCUGAUACGACCUCGGAAGCCGGAAAAAAAGCUGAUUUGACUUUAUCUCUCCCGUUCCAUCACAGUAUUGUUCACACAGAGAGCAACAAGCCGGGAAAUGUACCAUAUUUUAAGGACUGUGUGAAAGGGGUUAUUGUGUUCCCUGUUUAUGAGAACUUCAAGGAAAUUCAUCACGCAUGUUUAAAGUGUGAGGUAUACGUGGCCAACCGCUGGAAGUGAAGAAAAAAAGAGCAAUAAUGAACAAAAUAAAAAAGGGGAACAAAGACAAGUUUAUUUUCCCAUCUCACUGUUUUAUCAACAAGCUGACACUGAAGAAACAAAACCCCCUCCAACCCUUUCCAUCCAUUCCUUGUAUGGUCUGACCCUAAAUGCCUCGCUAUCCACCCUGUAGGAGGAAACGUGAGCCGUGCUGGUCCGAGCUCCAUGCAGGCCACUUGUUGACAACACUGAGCCUCUUUGUGCGGCUAACAAAUAGCAGCUAAGAGUCAGGGAGCUAAGCCUCGCUGAAUGCCAAUGAGGAGGACAGCAGCUCCAUCCAUCACGGCUGAUAAGACCUCACCCGGCUUGGUCGACGUAUGCUUCAUCCACUCUGGUGAUUCACUGAUUUGCUGGCACAGGAGGUCACUGCUAAGUGUGUCACCCCGUGUGGCUUUAGCACUCCCCCACCCUCCCACAACAAUAGAGGCUUUUUUGCUGCUCCGUGAUCUUUUGUUUACAUCCACACAUAGCUUCAGUUCAUUUGGGUCAUGAUGGUAUGUGGCUUUCUUUGUUCGUGUGAGCAGGAAGUAGUGUAACGCGUCCCAGUUUCUUCACUAUUCAACACAAAGCUAUGCGAUCUGAUAUCAGAUCUAUUAUUAAUCAUUAUCUCGGAGUGACUGACUUCUUUGCCAAAUGUUUCCCUCGACAACAAGCGAGAGAUUCUCUUCAGACUGUAAAAAAAAAAAAAAAAGUUUGUGUGAAAAAAGUGUCCUAAAAUUCCAAUAACUCAAGCAAACUAAAAUAAAACCCAACUGACUUCAGACACCUUGUUGUAAAAUAACCAAUGGAGAUGGUGCCCCUAGUGGUCGCGUAGGUAAAUUGUUUUAAAUUCAAUUCAAUGAUUUAUUUAUUUUUAAAAUAAAUACUAUUUUCCUCACGUACAAAGAUGUCUCAAAGUUCAGCAGCCAUAGCCGGCGGUGAUGUCUGAGUUUUAUGAAAGCAGAAUAAAGGGGGAGGUGGAAGAGGAGUAUGAGGUCAGGCUUUGCGAGGAUGUUUAAGUCGCCACAUUAGUGUUCUCGGCCACGAAACAGGUCAUUAGCAUUGAGCUCUCUGCGUCUCAUGCCAGCGUGGCCUGAGUGUGAAUGAAGCGUGCUCAGCCAGCCGUGUCCUGGCACCACAUCGCCACUAAAACAUGCUUGAUUAGCUCAAGUGCAUCAUGGCGACAACCUCUAAUGGCCUGAUGAGUCUCUGAGAAGAUCACUAGAGACACGUCAACCCCCCCACGGAGACACCAGGCGGGCACCAGUGACAAAACACACACAUUGGUUAUAUAUAUAGAAGCCCUUUAACCAAAUUCAGAACGGCAAUGAAUUAAGAUGACACAAAGAGACAAACAGGUCAACGCUGGCUGGCUCAAGGAAAAGGUACUGCUGCUGCACUUUGGAUGCACAAUAGGUAUUUUAAUACAUAAAUGUCACGUGUGUAUACGGUACAGACGGUGUGUAUCUGAGACAUUUGGUUCCUCCUACGAUCUAAUUUCAUUCAAUUACAUUGGUAAUGUUAAUGUGUUUAAUUUUAAUGUAGUACUGCACUGUGUCAUAUCAUGAGAUCUAUUUCUAAUGUUUCAGUGACUUUACAUUAAAGCAGUGUUUUUCAAUGAUUUGAAAUGCCCCCCCUCCAGAGUGACACAGUGCAAUUCUACAACCAUAAUAGCAUUAUUUGAUUUUACUAAUCAGGAAAGUCACUAUAAUUAUAAUCAUCAUCAUCAUGAUAUUCAAGUAUAUUUAGUUCAAUAUAAAAUUUUUCAAAUAUAUCUUUGAAUUUGUUAAAUAUUUUAAAUUAUAUUUUUCUAUUGUUUGUUUUUAUGUUAUUUAGAUUUUAGAUGUCAAAGUUGUUUAGAAGUUAAAUUUUAGUGAUGUAAAUCUGUUUUUAAAAAAGCACAACACUUCCUACCACCCCCUCCCCACACACACACAAACAAAAGUCCAAAAAAUGUAUUUCUUUUCUAUUAUAUCAUGUAAGUCUAUUCAGGAAAACAAUCAUACUUCCUGUUUUUUCCUCUACUUCAUUCUCCUUCCCUUCAAAAUAUUUUUUAUGUAGUCUUAAAUUUAGUUUUAUUCAAUUUUUAGAUUAUUUAAAAUGUUUCAUAUUUCAUCUGGUUGGAAAAGCCAUCAUACUUUCUGUUUUCUAUAAUUCCUCUGCCGCCACCUGAAUUGCACACACACUACAACUCCAUUCUUCAAUCAUUUAUCGAUAAAACUGUAAAUCCCAUUCAUUCACCACAAAAUACAGUCUUUUCAUUCACCUCUAGGAGAAACGAUCAAAGCCUUUUGUGUGCUAAAUUGCUUUGCUUGUAUUGCAUUGUGCACAUACAAGAAUGUUCUUGUGUGUCUCUUGUCAAUGUCCUUUGCAAAAAAAAAAACAACAUUGUUGUCUUGACCCAUCAUGUCUUGCCUGUGUUGUGGUUUGCUUGUGUCUGUGCAGUACGGUAUGUUGGGGUUGUUUUGGGCCAUUUUGGCCCACAGCACUUAGCAGGAUGUGUGUUCUCUGCCCCGGCACCCCACCCCAAAAAAGAUUUAGUCUACAGGAGAGGAGUUAAAGCACAUGAGCAAGGUGAGAUUAAAAUUGGCAUUUUUUUAAUGUAAAGUUGUAUUUAGUCAGCAAUGGUCCCCUUUUUGUCAUGUUUGCUUUUCUAUGGUUUGUGAACUGUUGUGAUAUUUUGUUAUUAUUAUUAUUAUUAUUAUUAUGGUCGACAAUGAAGGUGAAGACUAUCAUGUUACGCUAUGACAGCACUGAUGGAUGAACUCAGAACGCAGACUCAGCAUCAAAGACGGACUCCUCCAAAACAGCGGUCGGUCUCCUGCUACUGUGAAAGGUGGUGGCCGCCGUGACCUUUAUAGUCACAUGACAAUGACGUGUACAUAACCUUGAUUCUUUUGUGUUACUUCAGUGCAGGAGCUGCAUGACCACACAACCUAUUUGUGUGGGUAUGCGUGUGUGUACAGAUGUAGCUAUGUGUGAAUUUGUACACUGUGUACAACUUGUACAGUACAUGUGUGUUCGCAAAAGCCACACGUGCAUGCACCGUCCACCAUAAUUGCACCGUGCACGCUUCAACUUCAUUUAAUUUAAUUACAUUGCACUACAGUACUGUAACACUACACUGCAUUACAUCACUUCUACACACAAUUACAUUACAUUAUGUUACACUACACUAGACUACAGUACCAUACAUUAUAUUACACUACACUAUGUUGCAUUACAAUACAUUACUUGAAACUCCAUCAAAAUACAGUACACCGCAUUACAUAACAGUACAUUGCAUACCUUCACACAUAUUACACUAUACCACCAGUCCAGGGUGUACCCCGCCUCUCACCCAAAGUCAGCUGGGAUAGGCUCCAGCAUACCCCCACGACCCUAAUGAGGCCACUACACUACUGUACAAUACAUUAUACUAUCGUACGCUACGUUACAUUACAGCACUUGACAUUACAUUGCAUUCAAUUAUGUCAUACUGCACCACGUGACGCUAAGUAGUUUUACAUGUCACUUCCACUAGACUACAUGACAUUACACAGUACUACUACAGUAUGUCACACUACACUACAAUCACACAUUUUGUGCACCAUUGUCCAUAUUGUCGCGAGCUCUGCCAGCCACCACUCCGCAUGGAGACCUUGCUGUGUCACUUUUUUUUAUUCUGAAUAAAUCCCUCAAACGUUGA